UAGAAACAGGAAGUCAGGAACAGGAAAAAUCUCGCAGACUGGAAAAGUUACAAUAUAUUUUUAUGAAAGAUGAGCCGAAUAUAUCACAACACGUCUUUACUAAACAAACCAGUACACAAUGACAGAUUUGACCGUGUGUGGUCUCCCUCUGCGUAUGAAAGUGGUCAGGGAGUUCUUCUAGAAGGAAAACUUCUGGAUCUCUCCAGACAUGCAGUCACUGAUGUCAACAAUCAGAAGGUCCGUUUCUAUGUGCUGUACAUCAAACCCGGUCGCAUCCAUCAGAGGAAGUUUGAUGCCAGUGGGAAGGAGAUUGAGCCAAACUUCAGUGACACUGGAAAGGUCAACACUGGCUUUCUCAUGUCCUCCUACAAGGUAGAAGCUAAAGGAGAGUCAGACAUUCUGUCUGAGCAGCAGCUGUCAGCAAUGGUGAACAAAGCUGAGCUGGUGAAGAUAACUGACAAGCACAGACCCAGUGGGACCUGGGCCUUCUGGUACCCAGAGUCAGAGAUGGACAACAUAGAGCUGGAGACCGGACAGGACGUACGGCUGAAGACCAGAGGAAACAGUCCUUUCAUAUUCUCCUUAGCUAAAGUGGACGGUGGUACGGUGACUAAGUGUAACUUUGCUGGAGAUGGAAAGGUCGGAGCGUCAUGGACAGACAAGAUUAUGGCCAACAAAGCAGAAGCAGGCGGCCCACAGAAGCCCAAGGCGGAAGGAGAGGCGGCAGAGGAGGAUGAAUGGGAUGAUUGAAGAAACUUUACUAUCAGCUUGGCAUCAUUACAGCUUCCAGGUUGGACCACUCCUACUUGGCUUGAAGUCUGCUCUGUUCGAACCUUUUUACGUAAUGGCCUUGGGACUGGAAACGUUAUGUCACUUCU